AUGUUCAUAUCUAUCUAUCUAUCUAUCUCAGCCUAUUCAAAUCUAUUAUCUAUCUAUCUCAAAUACCUAUCAAAUCUAUCUAUCUAUCUAUCUAUCUAUCUAUCUAUCUAUCAUCUAUCUAUGACUAUCUAUCUAUCUAUCUUCUAUUUGCUUCAAUAUUAUCUGUCUAUCUUAUAUCUAUUUAUCUUAUAUGUCUAUCGAUAUCUAUCUAUCUAUCUAUCUAUCUAUCUAUCAUCUAUCAAUAAAAAUUCAUAUCUAUCUAUCUAUCUAUCUAUCUAUCUAUCUAUCUAUCUAUCUAUCUAUCUUAGUUGCUUCAAUAUUAUCUGUCUAUCUAUAUAUCUAUCUAUCUUAUUUUUUCAAUAUUAUCUGUCUAUCUAUAUAUCUAUCUAUCUUAGUCUCAUCGAUAUCUAUCUAUCUAUAUAUCUAUCUAUCUAUUUUAGUUUUUUCAAUAUUUUCUAUCUAUCUAUCUAUCUAUCUAUCUAUCUAUCUAUCUAUCUUAGUCUCAUCAAUAUCUAUUUUAGUCUCAUCAAUAUCGAUCUAUCUAUCUUGGUUUCUUCAAUAUCUAUCUAUCUAUCUAUCUAUCUAUCUAUCUAUCUAUCUAUCUAUCUUAGUCUCAUCAUUAUCUAUUUUAGUCUCAUCAAUAUCUAUCUAUCUAUCUAUCUAUCUAUCUAUCUAUCUAUCUAUCUAUCUAUCUAUCUCAGUUUCUUAAAUAUCUAUUUAAUUUAG